CAAACGCUAAGCAAAGCAGUCGUGUUGGGUGAAAGAAGUUGCGAAAAGAAAACCAUCAAAAUUAAUAGAAACGCGCAAAAAGUUAGCCACAAGUCUUUGACUAAAAUGGCAAUACAGCUUGACAAGAUUCUAACGGAUAUUGCCAAGGAGAAGGCGCUGCAUCCUAAUAAUGGCGCUGCCUCCAAGCUCGAACAAGACGAAGCCUGGACGCGCAUAGGUCGGCUGAAUAAACUAACUAUACAUGAAGCGCGAUCCAUUUUCACAGUGCUGCAAAAGAAAUACGAGCAGGAGAAGGCAAAGGGCAACUCCGGCUGGAAGCUGUUUGCGCUUAUGCAGAAAAUUCACCAAGAGCCCAAGACUGUCAAAGUAGUCAAAGUAGAAGAAGAGCCGUUGCCCAUGGAAGAUGUGGAAGAAUUUGAAAUGCUGGAGGUACAGGAGCAGGAAGACGAUGAUGACUCCAGCUCAGUGAAGCAAUAUGGACAGCCGGGCAACUCCACAGGCUCGGCCAGUUCGGAUGGUGAAAGCCCAACUAAAUCGCAUAGCACAGGCGGCGGCACUCCAGAUAAGGAGGAUAAGCCAUAUGCUAAGCCGCAGGCUGAUACGCCUCGUCCUUCAUUUGACGAAAAGAAAGUGCUUAACACCAUGGCAAGUAACUCGCAGCGGUCAAGCAACUCACAGCCUUCAGCCUCGUUGUCUGCGGCUGCAGCAGCACUGCAGAAAAAAGGUAUUACUUUGAAAAAGACUCCCAGCGCUGUGGCACACAAGCCUACAAUUGUCGCUGCCUCACAAGCACACGCAGAAACCCAUAAAAGGUCCUCAAGGACUACAAUUCAAUUGCCCGAAUCUAUGAAGCGUAAGCUGUCUGACGAAUGUACCAUGCCCAUUCAGAAGAAACAGCACAAGGCACAGAGCCCGAGGCAGGCGAGCAACUCGUCAGCUACGACCUCUGCAGCUGCCACUACGGCUGCCGCUGAGUCCACAGCUGCUACAAGCGGUGUGGUGCACACAACCACAGCACAACUGUUGCAGGUAAAGAAGGAGCGUGAGGAUAACCAAUCACCGCCGCCGGGCAUUAACAUAAUAACCAUACCUGCCGCACAGAAGAUUAAUGGCAAUUUGCUGAGUGGCACUGGUGGAGGCGCUAACUCGUCCACGGCUGCAACUAUAGCCUCAAGCACAAAUGGCUAUUCACCGAACUGCAAGGAGUUGGAUUUUAACAAUGAAAUAAUAUUUGAUUCGUCUAAGAUGAAUGCCACACCGGAGAUUAUUAACUUGGGUAACUUGGACAGCUCAUUGCCGCCCACAUUCUUUAAGAACUUGUGCAACUCGUCGCGGCACGAAGCACUGGGUCUUUAUGUGGCCAAUGUAAUGAAUCGAAUCUCUAAGCGUGGCGCCGCUAAACUAGAACUCGGCAUAUUGCGUUCCAUUCUGGAUGUGCAAAGCGACGAAUUGGAGCAGUAAACAAUAAUACAGGCGUAACACCUUUUUAGCAGUAGAUUAGCAUUCUACGUAGUAUUAAUGUUUUUUGUCAUACUGUCAUUUACACAUCAAUAACACAUUGCGCUUGCCAGAGAUUACGCGUGUAAGCCGAAGGUGAAG